GGAGUGUCAGGAAGAGGAAGAGCGCGCCAGAGGCGGUGCGGGCGCGCGGCGAGCGAGCAGGGGCCGGCCAGGGCGAUCGCCGCGCGGGCCACCAUGGCCACGGACGAGCUGGCCAGCAAGCUGAGCCGGCGGCUGCAGAUGGAGGACGAGGGCGAGGGCGGCGGCGAGGCCCCCGAGCAGCCCGGCCUGAACGGGGCGGCGGCGGCGGCGGCCGGGGCGCAGGACGAGGCGGCCGAGGCGCUGGGCAGCGCGGACGACGAGCUGAGCGCCAAGCUGCUGCGGCGCGCCGACCUCAACCAGGGCAUCGGCGAGCCCCAGUCGCCCAGCCGCCGCGUCUUCAAUCCCUACACCGAGUUCAAGGAGUUCUCCAGGAAGCAGAUCAAGGACAUGGAGAAGAUGUUCAAGCAAUACGAUGCCGGCCGGGAUGGCUUCAUCGACCUGAUGGAGCUGAAGCUCAUGAUGGAGAAACUUGGAGCCCCCCAGACCCAUCUGGGCCUGAAAAACAUGAUCAAGGAGGUGGACGAGGACUUUGACAGCAAGCUCAGCUUCCGGGAGUUCCUCCUGAUUUUCCGCAAGGCGGCGGCCGGGGAGCUGCAGGAGGACAGCGGGCUGCACGUGCUGGCCCGCCUCUCCGAGAUCGACGUGUCCACCGAGGGCGUCAAGGGGGCCAAGAGCUUCUUUGAGGCCAAGGUCCAGGCCAUCAACGUGUCCAGCCGCUUCGAGGAGGAGAUCAAGGCGGAGCAGGAGGAGCGGAAGAAGCAGGCGGAGGAGAUGAAGCAGCGGAAGGCGGCCUUCAAGGAGCUGCAGUCCACCUUCAAGUAGCCGGGGCUGGGCCCGACCGCCUGGCCCUGGCCCGGAGCCCCGUCUGGCUGGCGAGGGAGGUUGCGGGGGGCAAAGUGGAGGCUGAGCUGGGGUCCUCCCUGUGUCUGAAGGGACCAUACUGAAACCUACAAACGUCUGUGAACACAGCCCGUCGAGGGCCUUGCGGGGGUGGCCUGGCCUCUCCCGCUCUCUGCCACGUUCCUGAGGCCGUGCCCCCAGCGCUGGCUCCCGGCCUGGCCCAGCCCCCGCCCCUCCCUGCGUCCCUGCCUCUCUUGCACCCCUGGCUGUCCCCUGCCUGCUCCAGCGCUGCUCUCUGCCCAUGAGCCUGCCCGUCACACACGCCUCUCCCGGCCACCUCCUCCCCUGCCCAGAGGCCACCUGCCCUCAACAGGCAGGCUGCACCGCCCCUUCCUAGACGGGGGGAGCGACAGAUGGCAAGAAUUUCGGCUGGCUCGUAGAGGGGGACCUCAGGGUCCAUGCCCUGCACCUGUUCCUCCAGCCCCGCCUCCUCCCUGCUGGCAUAGAGGGGGGGCAGGGGAAAGGCUUCUAUUUUUGUGAAGGGACCCAGGCCCUGGCACCCCCUGCAACCCCAGUGCUCGGCCCAGCCAGGCGGGGUGAGGGGACAGCUGUGUCAAUCUACCUCACUCUCGCAGCCGUGGCAGGGAAGGCUCUGGGGGCAGAACACCACCCUAGUCCCCCGGGGACAACCUGAGGGUCCCAGGGGGCUCUGGAGAGAGCAGGGGUGGGGGGUCAGGGGGCCCCUCACAGGAAGGAAACCAGCGACGUCUCCGCUCUCCAGGAGGCGCCCAAGAAGUGCUUUAAGAGGUUUGCACGGACCAGGCCGUGGGGAGCAGGGGACCUCCCUGGGCCUUUCACACCCUCCUUCCGCCUUGUCACCAGCGACGGGACUAUCCUGUCACCCCCCCACCCCGAGGAAGCAUGGGGACCCCCGCCUCCCUGUGCCGCCGGCCCGGUCCCGCGCAGCCCCCAUGUGCUUGCUCACGUGUGUGCGUGUCUGUGUGUGUCUGUUGCUGUGUCGUGAAGCUGUGCCCGUCACCCAGUCCCAACCAGUGAGUGGCCACCGAGGCCACCGUUAUGCAACUUUCGGUGUGUGUCAGGACAGCGUCCCUGCUGUUCGGGCCCGAUAACUUUAUUUUAGUAAAGAUGCCCCAAGAGUUUAAGAAGCUCCCGUCGGACAUGCAGAGGUUUUAUUUUUUUGGCCUUAGAAUCUACGGAAACUCGGGGGCACUGACCCCCCGCGGCGGCCCUGGCCCUGGAUUGCGUUUGCCUUAGCGGAUCUGUUUACACAGAUGAAUAUAAGAAGUUCUUUUUCUUCGGCUUAUUGCUUUUUUUUUCUCUCUCUCUCCCGUCUCACUCCUCCCCACCCCCCAAAGAGCUACUUCUUCAUUCGGUGGUACAAUUAUUUUUUUUUAACUAAAAGAAGAUAAAAAUUCUA